AUGGCAACGUCGCGGGUCCAUGCGGCAACAUGGGUCGCGGUGGGCGUCGUGGCGGCGGCAAUAGUUUUGUAUACGACAAGGAAAGCUUCGUCCGAUGGUGAUGGCGACCACUACUCCAGCAAGGAUAUCUCGUCGUUGUCGUCGGUGAGCGAUGUCGACAAGUCGACGGAGCAACGUCAGUCGUCCGCUGCAGCGGCGCCGCCGCAAUUGUCGUUCAACGACAUGUACAAUCUUGGGAAGCGCCUUGGGUCGGGUGCGUUUGCAGUCGUCCGCGAGGGCGUGCACAAAGGAACGGGGUCCAAGUAUGCGAUCAAGUGCAUCCAGACGUCGUCGCUGUCGACCGCAGACGUCCAGGGACUUCGCCAAGAAAUCGCCAUCUUGAAACAGUUGAGUCAUCCGAACAUCAUGUCGCUGCAUGACGUGAUCGAAGAGCCGGGCAUGACGUACCUCGUGACCGAGUUCAUCGCGGGCGGCGAAUUGUUCGACCGCAUCGUCGAAAAGACGUUCUACUCUGAAAACGAGGCGCGGGACCUCGUGCGCGUCCUGCUCGUCGCGAUCAAGUACUGCCACGAUCACAAUGUUGUCCAUCGCGACCUCAAGCCAGAGAACCUUCUCCUGACCAGCCAUGGCGACGACGCGUCGAUCAAGUUGGCCGACUUUGGCUUUGCCAAGCUCCACGGCGUCGACGGCCUCACAACGGCCUGUGGGACUCCAGGGUACAUCGCGCCUGAGAUCCUGCAGGGUGCCGCGUACGGCAAAGCGGUCGACAUUUGGAGCAUCGGUGUCAUCACGUUCAUCUUGCUGUGCGGGUACCCGCCAUUCCACGACGACAACCCAAAGCACCUUUUUGCCGCGAUCAAGGCGGGGUCGUACAAAUUUGAGUCGCCGUACUGGGACGGCAUCUCGGCGACGGCUAAAUUGUUUAUCGCGGCGAUGCUCGAAAUUGACGUAGCUGCCCGCGCGACCGCCGACGACUUGCUUGCCCAUGCCUGGAUGGUCGACACCGACGUGUCGACGGCGCCGCUCGGCACCGUCAUCGAAGAGCUCAAAAAGUUUAACCAUCGCCGCAAGUUUAAGGCUGCUGUUCGGACGGUUCAAAUGACUGCCGCGCUCGCCAAAGGCGUCGCCAGUGUCAAGUCGGUUGCCGAGUCGUCGUCGUGA